AAGCUCUAAGUCUUCCCCACUAAAACCCUCUUCGGCUCUUUCUGCAAAUUUCUUCCCUUCGUUAAUCACAUCUUCCUCCUUUCUUCGAAAUCAGCCAUGAAUCUUUCAAGAGGAGCUCAGAAAUUGAAUCAAUUGCUUCAAUCAACCAACGCAAGAAGCAUCCAAACUCUUUCACCCUUUCUUCGUGAUUCGCUACGCCAUUUCUCAACUGGAACUGAACAUCAAGUUCAACCUCAACCUCCACAAUCUUCAACCCAGCAUGCUCCUUCUCUUCAACCACCUUCUUCUGGUUUGGUCUAUGGGAGGCUGCUCGGCAUCUCAUCAAACACAUUGAAGACUGAUAUCAUCAAUUUGUUUGAAGGAUGCAAGUUGACAUUGGAUGACAUUAAGGUUGAUUACGACAGGGCAUAUAACCCAAUGGCAAUGCUGGUGCAAUUCAGCUCUAUGUCUCAUUUUGGUUCUGCCAUCCGAGAGCUUACUAGGAAGAGCCGACCCUUCAGAUUGGAGAAGGUAGUAGAUCAUCAAAAAUGGGAUUCUGUAACACCUCAUAAUGGAAGAUAUGUAUUAUUUACAGGAAUACCCCGCAAUGCACUUUUGGAGGAUGUGGAACGCUUUCUGUGUGGCUGUAACUAUGAAGCUUCCUCCCUUGACUUAUUUUUUACUAGGACGGUAGAUGGCCCUUCAAGGAUAGCUAAAGUGCGUUUUCCUUCACCAAUUGAGGCAAUGAAUGCAGUACUCAAGAAGAAUGGGUCCUUUUGUCUGAAUGGUCGAGUUGCAGCUCAACUUAUCCAGUGAAACAAUUUUGAUUGCUGAUAACAAUGCAACAAUUUUCAACAAUGAGUUGCUACAACCUUUGAUUUUUAAGUUCAUUGCUUCACUCAGAGGCUUCAAACUUUGAUGUUUGCCUUGUCGAUGAAGCUUGUCUUUCAAAAGCACUCAAGUUAUGUUUAGUUAAUCGCUUCAUGUUCAUUCCCCGCCUUUUGGGUUUAUAGAUUUUAGACGGUGUUUCCAUUCAUAAUAGUAUUUGCUAACUUACUACAUAUAACAAAACUAUGUAUCCUUGAGUUUAAUUUACUUUUGUUGCACAAUUUGGGAUUUUUUUUUCAUACUUUUAUGUAUCCUCACUAUGAAAAUAACAUAAUUGUAUGUCAAAAAAAAAGAGUUAAAUAUAUAAUUUCCUGCA